UGGAUGGAUUGCUCCAGGGCGCCAUUCGUACCGGGCGUGCGAAUUCUCUCCUCGAGGAGGAGCAGCGGCAUCUCUUCCUCGAAUGCGAUUGCGAUUAGAUUUUUCACUCUGUUUUCGCCGUCGCCAGCGGCAUUGGGCUGUUCUUCUCAAGCGAGAGUCUUGGCAUUGCGAGCGAGAAUUUCCAAUCCUUCGUGGAGAGGAGUGUGCGCUUCAGCCGAGCCGGGCAUCAGGCAUGGAGGGAUUUCUCCUGGAUUGAUUCCUUCGCAGAUUGAUAUUUCUCCGGAUGAAGUAUCUUCCAAUAAUCUGGGAGGAGAAGAAGAAGAAGGAGAGAGCUUAUUAUCAGGGGAGUCUAUCAAGCACGUACCGCGGAGCUAUAGCAACAAGUUUAUUCGAUGGGUGAAGCUGGGCUCGGUGAUCAAUGACGCGGCCAUGGCUUUUUUCAAGAGUGAAGUACGUCGUCGCACUUUCAUCACCAUAAUCCUCCUUAUGGUCUGCAGAGCUGGUCAAUUUGUUCCUCUUCCCGGUUUUAAUCACAGGACAAUGCCAUCGAAUUUUCUCGGCUCCACCGCUCUUACAGCAAGUGAAGGGGCUUUUCUCAAAGAGCCGAAGAUAUCGUUCUUCCACCUCGGGCUGAGUCCUUAUAUUUGCGCAAGCACUGUUAUACAUCUAGUUUGUUCUUGGUACCCUCCAUUCCAAAAGAUGCGAAAGGAAGGAGAAAUCGACAAGAUAAAGUCAUAUACCUGGUGGCUUACUCUGUCAUGCUCGGUGAUUCAAGCUCUCCUACUGUCGUAUGCAACGCUCCAGUAUGCUACUGCGUCUGAUCUCUCUGGAUCAAUGCUACUGGAAUGGAUAUCUCGUAGGAUUACCGAAUCUGGAUUUGGUCAAGGAUCAACGUUGAUUAUUUGCAUGGGGAUUCUUGUCAGUUCCUCCCAGUCCCUCUGUAAUAUGGUCAUAAGCUUCUCCAGAUUGGACUUCUCCAAGUGGGGACCCGCUUUGCUCCUUUAUGUGGGAGUGUUCUUGACUAUGACAGCAUGCGCUGUGCUCGUUACGGAAGGACGUCGGAUCAUCAAGCUUCAGUUUUAUGGCUUUGAUCGCUUUCCAAGCUCCGGAGGAGAUGGGAUUCCGGAAGUGGAGCCUUAUAUUCCGUUUGACAUCAACCCGAAUGGGAUGCUACCGGUGUAUAUGUCAUCGUAUCUUAUGGCAGUCCCCAGCUUCCUUGCGAACAUCUUAAAAACCCCAUUCUUACGGCGGUUACAAGUCCUUUUGAAUCCAACAUUACCCCCUGCGCCUGGCGCAAGACCAUGGUUGUACCACACACUGACUGCGUUGCUCAUUCUCACUUUCAGCGUCCUCGAUGUUAGUGACGGAGCAAAAGACAUAUCAGAGUACAUAAACAGGAUAGGGGCAAAGAUUGCGGAUGUUAAGCCUGGUCGUUCGACCGUGGAAUUUCUACGGAAAGUGCAAACCUCGGCUCGCACUUGGGGUGGAUUUUUGCUGGCACUGCUAGUGACUGUGUCAACUAUAAUCGACUAUAAGUUGCGGUCCUUGCAUCAAACUGGCGGGAUCAGCUUUACCUCCAUGCUGUUUAUUGUGGGGACGAUCAUCGAAGUAAGGCGGUCAUUCAUGGCUUAUCACGCAAUGCACACGCUAAGCAAUGUACUAAGGCGAUAUGGCGUAUAAAGAGAACGACAGCAAACAUUUUCAUUCAAUAAAUGGAUUAAAAUCGACAAGGUACGUCUUCUUCUUCUUUUUUAGAAAAACUCAGAUCCUGGUUACAUUUAAGAAGUCCCCAUUUUUGUCCAUAAUGGUUUCUGUAUAACAUUUUAUAAGCUCAUAAAGUAAAAGUAACUUUUAAAUAAAGAAUCAUCAAUAAAAA